CGCAAGCUCCAAAAACACACUGAAGGAUUCUGGGAAAUGUAGUUCUUAUUAGUUACAACCAGCGAGUUAAGUUAUUUAAAUUAAAGCUUUUAAAUGAAAAAGUAACCAAGAAUGCGAGUGAAUUUUGCACGUUAACAAAACCAAAGACUUUGAAGUGACUAUAUUAUAUUGUUGAAUAAAAUGAAUCGCAUCUUUGAAUAGUCACUCCCCUUAGGCGGUGCUCUGUCGCAUAUGAGCAUCGCGUGUUCAUUCGCCCAGGGCAACACUUCUCAAAUCUCAAUUACAGGAUUGUUCCGCGUAUCAUCUAUGAUUGUCUUCAGGAUAAGAAAUGCGCACAAAAGAAAAUGUGCGCUCUUUUGCCUUUCUAUUGCUGUUGUCAUCACAUACAGAUACCUCGGCUGGCAAUUCUUCAGCACGUCCAGAGGUGGACAUCGGAUAAGCAGAAAAGUUGGACUAAGUGCCAACUCAUCCCAGUUCACCUUGGAUGGUGAUCCCUUUCGAAUCCUCGGAGGAUCCAUCCACUAUUUCCGCAUGCCCAGGGUCUACUGGAGGGACCGCUUGAUGAAAAUGAAAGCUUGUGGCAUCAACACCCUCACCACAUACGUGCCGUGGAGUCUGCAUCAACCACAAAGAGAGGUCUUCAACUUCCGUACACAGCUUGACUUAGAAGCAUAUAUUAAUCUCGCAGCCGAACUGGGUUUGUGGGUGAUUUUACGUCCAGGGCCGUACAUCUCCUCGGAGCUGGACCUAGGGGGGCUUCCGAGCUGGCUUCUCCAAGAUGACGACAUGAGAGUGAGAACAACAUACCCUGGAUUCACUGAGGCUGUCAACAUUUUUUUUGACAAACUUAUACCAAAAGUUGUUCCCUUUCAGUUUAAGAAAGGUGGUCCCAUCAUUGCUGUCCAGGUUGAGAAUGAAUAUGGGUCUUAUGCCAAAGAUGAUACUUACAUGGCUUUCAUUAAAGAGGCUUUGCAGUCCAGAGGGAUCAGUGAGCUGCUGCUCACGUCAGACAACCACAACAAUUUAAAGUCAGGGGGUGUAGAUGGAGUCUUGAGAUCAUUGAAGCUGCAGAAAGUAAAUCAGAGAGACAUUCGGGAUCUGAACAUCAUCCAGCCAAAGCGGCCAACUAUGGUUAUGGAUUACUGGACAGGCUGGUUUGAUGUAUGGGGUGACCUCCACCAUGUGCUCCCCCCAGAGGAUAUGGUGUCCACAGUUCGAGAAAUUCUGAGGCGUGGGAUGUCCGUAAACCUCUACAUGUUCCACGGAGGCUCCAGUUUUGGUUUCAUUAGUGGAGGGCUGGCUGAACCUUCCUACAAAGCAUUGGUCCCUAGCUACGAUUAUGACGCUCCUUUGUCAGAAGCUGGCGAGUACACUCAGAAGUACCAUCUCCUCCGAGAUCUAUUCUCUCAAUUCAACAGUAAGUUGAAUAUAAUUCAUAAAGUAGAUAUGGAUGGCGCGCCGUAUAAUAACUUGAUUGUCACUCCAGAAGAUGAAGAGUUGGCCGACCUGCCAGCGCUUCAACAUAAAGAAGCGUAUGAAACAGCUAUCAUGUACCAGCACUUGUCCUUAUGGGAUGCUUUGAGCUUUACUGAGGGACCAUUUAAAUCCGUCACACCGGUUAACAUGGAGAAACUACCCAUGAACAACGGGAACGGACAGUCGCAAGGAUACACGUUGUAUGAGACAACAAUCACUAUUGGAGGUUUAUUGACGUCAGGAAACAAUGUUAAAGACCGUGCCCUUGUUUUUAUCAACAAAAUUUAUAUUGGGCUUUUCAAGCGUCAGAAUUUGGAAUUAGCAGUUCCCGAUGGCGAGGGGCAGCGGACUUUAAGUUUAUUGGUGGAAAACUGUGGACGAGUUCACCGGGGAAGGGAUCUUGACAAACAGCGUAAAGGUCUUGUUGGAGACAUUUUAUUAAACAAUAUUCCACUACGGGAGUUCACAAUAUACAGCCUGGAAAUGAAACCACGUUUUAUUGAUAAUCUCUAUCAGGCUCCUUGGAAAACACUUCCCGAAAAUCCCAGUUUCCCUUCUUUUUUCAUGGGCCAGCUUUUUGUAUACGGCUAUCCCAGCGAUACUUUUGUGAAACUUCCGGGUUGGGAGAAAGGCGUUGUGUUUAUCAACGGGAUCAACUUGGGCCGGUACUGGUCCAUUGGACCCCAGCAGACGCUUUACCUCCCUGGUCCAUUUCUCAACAGGGGAAUCAACCAGAUCAUUGUGUUUGAAGAGCAAGAAGGUGAUUUCAAGGUGAACUUUGAGGACACGGCAGAUCUUGGCAUGGCAGCUGACAUUCAGUGAUUCUCAUCUUUUUUAGGUCUUGUAUGCUGUUUUUUUUUAAUGAUGG